UCGGAUGAGCGCACUCUCCUCACUUUGUCUUCACUCACGACCUUGCGAGAAUUGGCCAUGAUGCGCAGCCGAACGGCGACUUCAAUGUCAGACAAGUUGCGUUCUGAUCUUCUGUCUAGUGUUGCAAUCGAGGUAGAGGGUUUGCUGGAUGAGGAGUUGCUGAUCGACGAAGAGGAUGAUUUGGAUGAAGAGGCUGACGCUGUAAAAGCUGAACAGGACGAGUUCGCGGAAUACGAUAUCCUGCCUGAUAGCCUCAGACAUGGCGGCCGACAAAGCAUUUCGUCACCAGCCAAGUUGCGCAAGUUCGCCAAACAGAUCACGAAGCAGACAGUUCAAACUCAUAUUGACAUGAAGGGUACGUGCAAAUCUGCACAGUAG